UAAAUUAUCUUCAAUUGCGUACUUUAUAAAACUCGUGAGUCGAAAUAUUAGUUUUCUGGUACACCACUAUUCCCAAACAACCUUUGCUCGACUCGACUCGAUUGACACAUUAGUUUAUUCUGCGCAGCAACACUAGUCAGCAUAACAUAACCUUAUUUCAGUUUGACAAUAGUACGUCUUUUAUUGAUGAAAAUAUUGUACUGAAUUUUAUUGAAAACCUAGUUGUAUUGAAACUCUAGUUUGACUUAAGUAGUGAUCCUUCAUUGAGAAAAAAAGCUUCAUCGAAUAUUUACUUAAAACCGCACAGUUUUCGCAUUUACGAAUUCAGAAUGAAACUCAUAACACACAACAUGUUAACAUCGAAGUGUUUAAAGGGUGUAAUGACUGGAUACCCCCUUGCCAUCAACGCUACUGAUAUUAAAGUAACAGAAGUAGAUUUUAAUCCAGAAUUUAUUACUCGCGUAAUUCCUAAGUUGGACUGGGAAGUACUAUGGGCAGCCGCAAAUAGCAUUGGGCAUGGUGAUGGCCUGCCAAAGACACUAGAACCCAAAUAUGAAGAAAAUGAAGACUUAUUAAAAAAACUUCACAGAGUUCUUUUAGAAGUCGAGGUUGAGGAAGGAAACCUUACAUGCCCAGAAUCAGGACGGCAGUUCCCUAUCUCAAAAGGAAUUCCAAAUAUGUUACUCACUGAAGCUGAAGUCCAAUGAAAUAAUUAUCUCAUUUUAAGAUUUUUAGUUUAAGUAUAAUAACUAAUUUUAGCUAUGUGUACAAAGUUUGCUGUAUGUAUCUUCAUAAUAAUUUUGAAAAUCAAAUAAAUUUAUUUGCUCUUCAAA